UCUUACCGGAUUUAACCGCCACAACACCUCCUUCCUCCUCCCCAACAUUCACAAGUCUGCUAUUUUGAGGUGAAAUGAAGAUUCAAUGCAACGUGUGUGAGGCGGCGGAGGCGAAAGUGCUGUGCUGCGCCGACGAGGCCGCCCUCUGCACCGAGUGCGACCAGAAAGUGCACGCCGCCAAUAAGCUCGCCAGCAAACACCAGAGGGUUCCUCUCUCGACUUGUUCGUCGCAGAAGCCCAAGUGCGAUAUAUGCCAGGAAACAGUAGGGUAUUUCUUUUGCUUGGAAGACCGAGCUCUGCUCUGCAGAAGAUGUGAUGUUUCUGUACACACUGCAAAUCGGUUGGUGGCUGCUCAUCAGAGAUUCUUGCUCACUGGAGUGAAAGUAGGUCUUGAAGCAACCAAAUUGGAUCGAGCUCCUCCUCCCUCAACAACUGAUCUGCCUGCCCAAGCCCAAGGGGAUAUUUCCUCAUCAAAGACGGGAGGUUCCAUGUCGCAGUGGCCGUUGGAUGAAUUCCUUGAACUCGGUGACUACACUCACAAGUAUGACUUUAUGGAUCCUGCUGGCUCAUCCAAGAGUGAGGCGAAUUGCGGGAAGUUUGGAGAUGCAGAUUGGUCCCCUGUGGUGCAAGUUGCUGAUAUGGAGUUAGAGGGAGAUGAGCAGAAUACUUGUUUCUGGAGAGUGCCGGAGAUUCCGUCUCCCCCCACAGCGUCCGGCCUUUACAGCUGGUCUCAUUCUGCUGCCUUCGUGCACCAUCGUCCCCACGGCGACGGACCCGUUUCUGAUCGACUUGUACCAGAGUUGUGA